AUGCAUCCCAAAAAGCCGUUCAUGCCUCACCAGCCAGAGCUGUUACCUCGGGCCACCCUCGUCGUCUUGUCAACCGAAUGGCCCUACUGUUGCCUAGGCAAUCAGGUCUAUCCUGUUGUCCAAUGUGAGUGGAGUCGUGGCGACCCGAGGCUAACGGGUCCGCCCGGCGACCGGUUCGUUCUUGGUUCGAGGCCCGCCUAA